GGAGUUUAGAACUGGCCACUUAACUGCAAAUCUGCAAUUGAUGAUGCAGGACAGGCAGAAACCAUCCUCAGAGCCAGGGUUUCCAGAGUCACCCUCUCUUUACGCCCGAGAAAGAAUUUCGACGGAAUGAAGCAGAACUUCGGAUGCAAAUUUUCGCCCUCAAUUUGUAAUUUUUUCUGGUCAUCUCUGUCGCAGAAGUGGCUAAACCCGUGAAAACCUAAAACCAGCUCAUCUCCUUUGUGAGGGUCCGAUGAUUUUUGUAAGCUACGUCAAUGAUCCCGCUUCGUGGAGAUGCAUUAUUUUUCACCUUACUCCUGACAAAAGCUGAAGGGAGUUUUGCUUGAAUGAUAAUUCCAUGCUUAGUGUGCCCCUCCCUUCGUCAGUCCCAUGGGGAUGGUGACAAUGUUCAUAACUACUCCUCUUACUACUCGAUGCAUGCCUAGCCAGCAUUUGGAUCCGGCUAUGCAAGUAUUAUCACUUUAAAUCUGGGCGAUUUUUAGACAUGCACAGUCUGUUUCGUUCAGCUCGUCCGAAAAGUAGUGCAAAAUGUAGAAAACUCCUGGGGUUGAAAUUGUCAUUUAUAGGUAUUCUGGGAAUUGUGCCAUCAAGUUUUGCUACAUCACUACUGAAUUCAAAAUAAACUGGUUUUAGAAUUGAUGUUUGGUAAAACAUACUUUUGUACUUGUUAUGUUGAAUAUAAUAAAGGAACCCCAGAUUCUUUAUCUACCUUUGAGCUUUGGCUACGUGUUCAUCUAUGUAUCGUAAUGGUUUGGGCAUCCGAUUCUUUAGUUUGGGUUCCCAUAGUAGCAGGACAGCCUGGGAUCCAGCUGUGUCCCUUCAACUCAAUCACCCAAGUCUUGUCUUACUUGAGAAAUGCAGUUCAAGGAAUCACUUGAAGCAAAUUUUAGGGCAGAUUAUGAGAAGCAAUCUUAUUGGUCAGACAUUUCCGAUGAGCAGACUGCUAGUGUUCUCUGCCAUCUCACACCCUGAGAACUUAGACGUGGCUGAAGUCCUUUUUGAACACUUUACUCCUCAUCCCAAUCUCUUUAUCUACAACACUAUGAUUUCUGCAUUAUCAUUUUCAAUGGGCCACUCAUUUGCGUUAUACAAUGCAAUGCUACGUGAUCAUCUGCUACCAGACAAGCACACACUAUGUCGACUACUACAUUCUACCAAAUCCAUGGCAGAAACCAAGCAAAUCCAUUGUCAUGCUAUUGUUACAGGUUUGUUUCUUCAAGGUUAUCUGCAAAAUACCCUCAUAAAAGCUUACUUGGAUAACAGAAAUUUGGAUAUUGCACUUCAGCUGCUACAUCAAAUGCCUGCUCCAGAUUCUGUUUCAUUCAAUGUCACUAUUGUUGGUUUUGCCAAGCAUGGGUUUGGUGCAAAAGCGCUACAGUUAUUCCACAGAAUGGUGAAUUUGGGUGUUGAACCUGAUGACUUUACCAUAUUAGGUCUUCUUGUGUCUUGCAGGCAGCUCAGAAAUCUUAAGUUGGGAAAAUCUGUUCAUGCGUGGAUCCAAAGGAGGAAAGAUUUUGGUUCUUCAUAUUUAAUCUUGUGGAACGCUCUUCUUGAUAUGUACUUAAAAUUCAAAGAACUGGAGCUUGCUUGUAAGAUAUUCAAUCAGUUGGCGAAGAAGGAUAUUAUUUCUUGGAAUACUUUGAUUGUAGGUUGUGUCAAGUCCGGGGAAGUAAAACUUGCUCAUGACUUUUUUGAUCAAAUGCCUUGCAGAGAUAUUGUUUCGUGGAAUUCUUUGAUCGCUGGAUAUGCUCAAAAUGGUCAUUAUUCAAUGGUAGUUGAGUUGAUUAAGAGCAUGAUUGCCCAUAAUGUGAGUCCUGAUCAUGUUACAGUGGUGAGCUUCAUCUGUGCUGCAGCAGAGAUAGGAGUACUGGAUCAAGGUAAAUUGGUGCAUGGGUGGGCAAUAAGGAAUACGGCGAAGGUAGAUGCAUUUAUGGGUUCAGCACUAAUUGACAUGUACUGCAAGUGUGGGAGCGUAAAAAUUGCAUUGACUAUCUUCAGGGAAAUACCUGAAAAAGACAUUGUUGUAUGGACAACAAUGAUUACCGGAUUUGCAUUCCAUGGUCUCGGAAAGAAAGCUCUGGAACUCUUUGCUGAAAUGCGGAAGUCUGUAAAACCAAAUGAGGUAACUUUUGUAGCCGUUCUUACAGCUUGUACUCACAGUGGCCUUGUGGAUCAAGGUAUAAAAGUUUUUCACGAUAUGGAAGCAAUUUAUGGCAUUGAACCCAGAGUGGAACACUACGGGUGUUUGGUUGACCUUUUAGGGCGAUCAGGGAGAUUGGCUGAGGCUAAGGUUGUGCUUGACACAAUGCCAAUGAAACCAAGUCGAUCUGUUUGGGGGGCUAUGUUGAGUGCUUGUAGAGCUCAUGGAAAUGUAGAAUUAGCAGAGAUGGCAUUGACAAAGCUGCGAGACUUAGAGCCUGAUAAAGAAGGUGCAUAUAUUUUGCUGUCCAACGUUUAUGCUGCAUGUGGCUGGUGGAACUAUUCAGAUCAGGUUAGAGAAAUCAUGGAAGGUAGAGGACUAAAAAAGACAGUCGGUCGUAGUAGUGUCUCCAUUGAUGGAGUUGCUCAUCAUUUUGUGGCGUCUGAUAGGCAGCGGCUUCCCAGAUGGGAGGAGAUGCAGCAUAUCUGUAACUUUCUGAAUAGGCAAAUGCAAAGUUGCCCUGAAUCUCUCGAGUUUUUAUUUUGACAAUAUUUAUUGGAGGUGGAAAUCUUAAUUUAUUUAAAAUCUCAAUAAAUUUAUGGUAAUGUGUACGUAUUCUUCGUUACAUAUUUUGGAUAGAAAUAUUAUUGUUCAAGCUGUGUAAGAUCCGUUUGUUUUUUUUUUUU